GCCAUUGGUGCCAACGCGUCGCGUUUCAUCCGUCGCGUCGCGUCGGCGCCCAACGCGAAGGGGCUGUUCACGCUUGGCAGUCGGUCCAACGGCACAAUGACUAAGAACGGUCUGCUAUCUCCAGGGGAGAGUAUUCCGCCGAUGCCCGAUGCCAACGCGGUGUCCAAAACCAAAGACCGAGUCACAAAUGCGCAUACAUCCGAGGGUCCGGGGAAGAUCGCGUUCAGGAGGACGUAUUCCAGUCAUUCUAUCAAGGUCAAGUCGGUGGAGGUGGGUCCUGGGAGUUUCCAUAAGAUCAAAAUGCUGGGAAGGGGCGACGUUGGGAAGGUGUACCUUGUGCGGGAGAAGAAGUCCGGCAAGCUCUUUGCCAUGAAAGUCCUCUCGAAGAAGGAGAUGAUUGAGCGGAAAAAGAUCAAGCGCGCCCUGACGGAGCAAGAGAUCCUUGCGACGGCGAAUCACCCCUUCAUCGUCACGCUAUACCACUCUUUUCAAUCGGAGAAUUAUCUCUACUUUUGCAUGGAGUACUGCAUGGGUGGCGAGUUCUUCCGUGCGCUGCAGUCACGGCCAGGAAAGUGUCUCUCGGAGGAUGCUGCACGGUUCUACGCUGCGGAGGUUACGGCAGCGUUGGAGUACCUCCACCUGAUGGGUUUCAUAUACCGAGACCUCAAGCCUGAAAAUAUCCUAUUACACCAGUCUGGUCACAUAAUGUUAUCCGACUUCGAUUUGGCGAAACAGUCAAGCGAGCGCGGCGGUCGGCCCGCGACAAUACACACGGAGGAGAAUGGGACUCCCCUAAUCGAUACCCGAGCGUGCACGGCAGACUUCCGGACGAAUUCAUUCGUAGGGACGGAGGAGUACAUCGCUCCCGAGGUCAUCCAAACGUCGGGUCAUACCUCCGCCGUAGACUGGUGGACGCUUGGUAUCCUCAUUUAUGAGAUGAUCUACGCGACGACUCCGUUCAAGGGUGUCGAGCGAAAUGACACGUUCCACAAUAUAUUGAACUUACCUGUUCAUUUCCGGGACACGCCCAAGGUGUCACACGCUGGCAAGGACAUCAUCACGCGCCUCCUCGAUAAGCGAGAAUUUACCCGCCUGGGCAGUAAGAGCGGGGCCUCGGAGGUCAAGCAGCACAAGUGGUUUGCCAAAAUCAAUUGGGGCCUUUUGCGGAACACGCAACCUCCUAUCGUGCCCACAGCCUCGAAUGGUGUGGACGCGGUGAACUUCAGGCAAAUGCACGAGUCGAUGUCGCUGCAGCUCGAGAGGCAAGGCGCGCUGGAUACCCCAACCAAGGGCGUCGCGGGGUCAAGCUUGCCCGGGACCCCCGGUUUAGGGGAGAACGAUGGGCUAGAUUCAUCGCCACUGUCCAGGACCGUGGACGAGUUUAGCGCGUUCUCAAGCAUCACUCUGCAAUACGAUGGAGAGAGUUAGCACCGUGCGGCGCGCGCCUUCGUUCAGGUGCAUGCUGCGAGGUCGUUGAACGCGAGCAGUCUGCUGGCGUCGCUGGUGGUCGGAGUGGAAUGUCCCUAUCUAUUGGAGGCUUGCGCCGCUGUCGCGGGUUCAAGAUUGCCGGUCGUCCUAGGCUCUUUGAUUUGGUCACCGGAAGGCGUCCAGCAUGAACCGAUCGGCCUCCCGCGUGCCUCAUGCGCUAGGCUGGAUCGGAGCGCUGUCAAUGUCUCGAUCCAAACCAUACCAACCUUUCGGCUGGCUCGGUGACAUGGACGACAGCGCUUGCAUCAUUCAACUCCCUCAUACCCCUCAUCACUCGACAUCUCUCCGACUCCGGGCGGCUCGGGACUUGCUCUCAUGAUCGAUCUCACACGCGCAACUACAACGCACGCUCUACUCGUUGCUCCGUUCUCGCUCCCUAUCAUAUCGCCCACCCCUGCCGCUAUCGUUUCGCGUUGUCUGUUAUCGCUUAUUGUAUAUGUCUGCGUUGCGCACUUGUCCGGGCUCCUUGACGCACCUUUCUAGCAUCAUUCAUCAUUCCUCGUCGCACGUUUGGGUAGACUGCCAGUCGUGUGCCUGAACAGUCGGCGCAUCGCUCGCGCUGGGUGUUCAUGACGCAUGGCUGGCUCGGACGUUUUUGAUUGCUUUUGGGUCUCCUUCGUCGUCCCCACUAUGUCCUCGCAUCAUCCCCAACUUCCAAGCGUGUAACAUCAUCUUCGCCCUGCGUCGUCCAUUCGUUUGUCACCUCGCUCGUUCGGUUACUCUCUCACUGCCCAUUUGUACCAUCAACCACACGCAUAUCCACCCAUGCACACGUCCACGCUUCAUAUAUUGUUUCCAUUCAUCUCAUCCAAACGCAUACCGUACACGUAAAAUCACUAACUCAGGGUCUCCC